AUGACACAAAGUAAGGCACUUGAGAAGGAAAUUCACAAGGACUCUUCGAUUACAACAAGAACCUUGGCUAAUAAACUAGGAAAUAUAGAUAUUAAUAUAUCUUAUCGCAUAGUUGGAAGGCAUUUGAAUAAUAUUGGCUUUGUUAAAAGUCUCUCUCUAAAAACUCCUAUACUAACUAAUAAACACAAAAAAGCUCAAUGUUGGCAUAAAGGUCAGUGUCCAAUUCGUUGUGUUCCUAAAGACCGAACUAAACUCAAAGAAUUUUAUGUUAAAAUUGUUCGUAAACAUCUUCCAGAAGUUAAAAAGAUGAUAGCCUUCCUUCAUAAUAAUGUUCCUGAACUUAUGAACUGGCCUUCAGUUAGUUCUGAUCUUAAUCCAAUAGAAAAUUUGUGGUGUAUUGUUAAAAGUAACGUAGAAAAACGGAUGCUAAAAAAUUUGGAUGAAUUAGA